AUGGCCGACAUUGAGAAACAACGCGAUAUCGGCCCUCCAGCCAGCGCUGAGCUCCCUGCGACGUCCGAGAUGAGGGAGGUGCGUGGCCUCGCCUGGAUCAUGGUGGUAGGAUCCAUUCUCUCGGCAACGUUCCUUUAUGGCUUGGAUCAGACGAUUGUGGCCAAUAUCCAGCCUGCUAUUGUGGACCGUUUUGAUUCGCUGGGCCAGCUGUCAUGGAUCUCAGUCGCUUUUUUGCUGGGGGCUGCCAGCAGCAACCUCUUCUGGGGUCAGAUGUACGGUCGCUUCAAUGUGAAAUGGCUAUAUUUUGCCUGUGUAGGCCUUUUCGAGUUGGGAUCCACGGUGUGCGGUGCUGCACAGUCGAUGGCAGCUCUCAUCGUUGGGCGUGCCAUCUGCGGCUUUGGAGGCGCCGGAAUGUACACUGGAUCCAUGGCCUUGCUCUCCCUCACUACAACGGAAACGGAGCGGCCGUUCUACCUGGGUCUUCCGGGCCUCACCUGGGGGGCUGGGACUAUUCUGGGACCCGUACUGGGAGGUGCCUUCACCGACAGCAGCGCAGGCUGGCGCUGGGCGUUCUAUAUUAAUCUGUGCAUAGGCGCCCUCUGUGUCCCAGUGUAUAUCUUCCUGGUUCCCAGUAAAGAUGCGAACCCCGGUCUCUCUUUCUGGCGUCGCGUCGGAGGGAUAGACCUGCUAGGAUUCAUCCUGAUGACGGGCACUUUCACGGCCGGACUCAUGGCGAUCUCUUUCGGAGGUACCGAAUACCCCUGGAACAGCCCGCAGAUUAUUGCAUUGUUCGUCGUAGCCGGCGUCGUGACGAUCCUCUUCUGGGUGCAGCAGUUCCUCGCCAUCGGUGUCAAGCGAGAGCACGUCUCCUUCCCCCUGACCUUCCUGAAAGAGCACAGGCUCCUCCUUGUCGCCCUAGUAGAAGCCUCCGCAAUCACAGCCACCUUCAUUCCCAUUUAUUUUCUCCCUCUCUUCUUCCAGUUCGUGCACGGCGACUCGGCCCUCGACACGGGUGUCCGUAUCCUUCCCUACGUUGUCUUCUGCGUCUUGUCGUGUAUCCUCAGCGGCCAUGCCGUCAGCAAAAAUGGCCAAUGGCUUCCUUGGUUCCUCGGCGGCGGCGCCUUCGUCCUCGCCGGAAGUGUCGCCCUCUACACCGUCAACGAGGGAACCUCCACCGCAAAGGUCUAUGGAUACAGUAUCAUGAUCGGCUUCGGCGCGGGCUCCUACCUCCAGUUACCCUUCGCCGUGGCCCAGAUGAUCGUUGAACCCAAAUACAUUACCGCAGCAGUCGGUUUUAUGGCAUUUGCGCAGCUCUCGGCGCCCUCGGUGAGCAUGGCCAUCGCCAACGCGGUGUUUAUCAACCAGUCCACCACUCAGAUCUCACAUGUGUUACCUUCCUGGUCGAGGAGCGAUAUUCAGCGUGUCAUUUCGGGUCUGGGGGGAAGCGAUCUCGCGUCAUUGGACUCUGAGACGAGUCGUCGCGUUAUCGAGAUCAUUGUGCAGAACAUCAGUAAGGCGUAUAUUCUAUGCUUUGUUGGGGCGGGUCUGGCAAUUAUUAUAUCGGCGUAUCUGGCUAUUGACCAUAUCUCGUCAAAGGAGAAGGUGAAGCGUUCGAACCACGACGAUGAGAGUGAUGCAAGUGUGGAGUGA